AUGCAAAACAAGCCUACAUAUCCAUCAGGGUUUUCGCAACAACAACCUAGAGCUCAACCACCUCCUCCUCAAGUGUCUCAAUCAAGCUCUUUGGAGAGUUUAAUGAAAGAAUAUAUGGCCAAGAAUGAUGUUGUGAUUCAAAGCCAAGCGGCAUCCUUGAGGAACCUAGAGAUUCAAAUGGGGCAACUAGCGAAUGAGCUAAGGAAUAUACCACAAGGCACCUUGCCUAGUGAUACCAAAAAUUCAAGGAGAGAUGGUAAGGAGCAUUGCAAAGCAGUUACUUUGAGAACUGGUAAAAAUAUGGAAUUGACUGAGGAUAAUUGUAAGAGAAACAACAAGCCCACUUCAAUCCAAAGUAGUGUGGAAAAGGAAGACAGAGUUCUUCACGUCAAUAUACCGUUGGUGGAAGCUUUGGAGCAAAUGCUCAACUAUGUGAAAUUUUUUAAGGACAUUUUAACUAAGAAGAGAAGGCUUGGAGAAUUUGAAACGGUGGCUUUGACUGAAGGUUAUAGUGUGAUAUUGAAGAAUAAAAUUCCUCCUAAAUUAAAAGAUCUAGGCAGCUUCACAAUUCCUUGUUCUAUUGGUGGUAGAGAUGUUGGUAGAGCACUUUGUGACUUGGGGGCUAGUAUCAAUUUGAUGCCCAUGUAG